GAGCACUUUGAGUUCAAGAAACCAACCCGCCCUGCCUCUCGUGGCUCUUUGCACUUUUCUUCUCCGGACGAUGAAAAAGACCCUUUGGAAGCGGAGCAGGACUUGAACACAGCACUUACGUUCUCCGGAGGUCACAAUGGUGAAAACCAUCCCAGAGCGGAGAUCCCUGCGUUCCCAUGCCGGCUGUCCCAACAAAUCGCUGAUACACAUAACGACGACGGCUUUUUAGAGAUGAUGGAUGGGCCUGAUAGCACUAAUGACACCGAGAUGCCGUCUGACAUGUCGUGCCUUUGGACCGCUCCUCUGGUGGUCACGAUGAGCGAGGACCUGCUG